AUGUCCCCCGCAACCUUCCCCUUCUCCCGCGGCACCCUGCCCACCCAGCUCUUCAUCAACAACGAAUACAUCGACCCAAAGGACCCCUCCACCUUCAGCGUCUUCAACCCCCGCGACAACUCCCUCGUCUCCAACAAAGUCCCCCAAGCCGGGCCAGAAGACGUCGACGCCGCCGUAUCCGCCGCCGAAGCCGCCUUCCCGCAAUGGAAAGCCAUCACCGCGACCGAGCGGCGCCGCAUCCUCCUCAAGUUCGCGGCCCUCGUCCAAGAGCACGCAGAGGCACUCGCCGAAUUAACCCGGCUCACCCUGGGCGCCCCCUACAACGCCUUCGGCAAGUUCGAGAUCGACCUCUGCACCAACGCCUUCGAGUACAACGCCGGCUGGAUCGACAAGUUCGCCGGCGAGGCAUAUCCCCAGCAGGACGGCUUCAUGCGCAUCACCCGCCACGAACCCCUCGGCGUCACGGCCGGCAUUGUCCCCUGGAAUGGCCCGAUCGGGACCGUCGGCCUCAAGGCUGCUCCGGCCCUGGCGACCGGUAACUGCUUCAUCCUGAAGCCGUCCGAGAAGACGCCCUUCGCGGCCCUGGCACUAGGCGCACUGAUCAAGGAGGCCGGAUUCCCGCCCGGCGUCUUCCAGGUCCUCUCGGGCGAUGGGAAGACGGGCGCCCUACUAGCCAGCCACAUGCGCGUCCGCAAGGUCAGCUUCACGGGCUCCAUCCCGACGGGCAAAAAGGUGCAGAAGAUGGCGGCCGAGUCGAACCUCAAGCGGGUCACCCUCGAACUGGGCGGGAAAUCGCCGGCCGUGGUCUUCGACGACGCGAACCUCGAGAAUGCGGUGACCUGGUGCGUCAAUGCCAUCACCAUCAACACGGGCCAGGCAUGCUUCGCUGCCUCGAGGGUAUACGUUCAAGAAGGCAUCUUCGACAAGUUCACGGAGAAGUACAAGGCCGCGCUGGAGGAAAAAGCCAAGGGGAUCAACGACCCAGAGGAUCCGUCAACUGUAAUGGGCCCCCUAGUCGACAAAGCGCAAUUCCAGCGCGUCACCGGCUUCGUCGAGCGCGGGGCGCAGACUAACAAGAUCCUCACGGGCGGCCAGCGAGUCGGGGAUAAAGGCUUCUACAUCCAGCCGACUGUGUUCACGGACGUCAAGCAAGAUGAAGAGAUCUACAAGGAGGAGAUCUUCGGUCCUGUGUCGAUCCUCAACUCGUUCAAGACCGAGGAGGAAGUCCUCAAGAAGGCCAACGCCACUGAGUACGGGCUCAUGGCGGGCGUCUUUACGCAGGAUAUCAACCGGGCGCUGCGCGUGGCCAGUGAGUUCGAGUCCGGCAUGGUUGGUGUCAAUUGCAUCAGUCUGAACUUCCUGAAUACCCCCUUUGGCGGGUCGAAGCAGAGUGGCCUGGGGCGGGAAUGCGGGCGCGAUGCGUUGGAGCACUUUACGGAGCCGAAGACUGUCAUGAUCAAUCUGACGUAUUGA